AUGUAUCAGCUCAGCAAGGACUCCGAUUUCCACUUUGAGAUUCUUCGCGCUCUCGCCAUGGCGCCCUACGAUGGCGCAGAUAUCGACGAGUGUCUUGGGGCUGCCAAUUCAAUUGUACCUGGUGACUUUGAGAGCUUCGCAGCGUCAUUUCUCAGCAUCGCAAACACAGUCUACAAGCGAGCGUUAAGCAUUGCCAAAUCCAAGUUUCCCGUUUCUGCGCGAACUGCAUUCUUCAGUGCCGCCACGUACUUUCGGAGUGCCGAUUUCUAUCUCCAUGGCAAUCCGGCGGACCCUCGAAUUAUGGACUAUUGGGCCAAACAGACGGAAGCGUUUGAUCAGGGCCUCGCACUGCUCUCGCCGCCCGGCGCAAGAUUCACCAUCAAGACUCCGGAAUUCGACAUUCCCUCUAUCUGGAUCACGCCAGACAAUGAGGUGAAGCAACGGCCAACCAUCAUCAUGGGCAACGGCUAUGAUGGAUCUCAAGAGGAAAUGUACCACGUCGCUGGUGUGGCUGCGCUCGAACGAGGCUACAAUGUCCUCACCUAUGAAGGCCCUGGACAGCCGUCGCCACGUCGUUACCAAGACAAGGGCUUCAUCGCAGACUGGGAAAGAGUCGUCACCCCCAUCUUGGACCAUGCCCUCAAUAUGACCCAGUCGGUCGACCCGACAGCCGUCGCUCUUUACGGCCUAUCUCUAGGAGGCUACAUGGCCCCGCGAGCGGCCGCCUUCGAUCAUCGCUUCGCCGCAAUCAUAGCCAUGGACGGCGUAUGGGACUUUGGCGCCCUUAUCCGCCACGACUUUGGCCCCGAGGCCAUGAAGAUCUACGAUUCGGGUGACAAGGCGAAAUUCGACCAGCUCGCUCAGCAGUAUCUGAAGCCAGGCGUGCGCACACAUCUGCGCUGGGGUCUCGAGCAAGGCAUGUGGGCAUUCAACACGACAUCUCCAUUCGAGUUUGUCACCGGGGUGCAGAAAUUCUCGCUCGGGAAAGUGGCUCACCAGAUUCGGACACCCGUUUUGAUUGGCGAUGCCGAAGGUGACAUCUUCUUUAAGGGCCAGUCGCAGCAGUUAGCCCAGGCGAUUGGCAAGUGGGCUACUCUGUAUCAGUUUAAGAACAAGGAUUCUAUUGGGACGUAUUCAGGCAUUGGGGCGUUGAAGCAGCAUAAUCAAGUCAUUUAUGACUGGUUUGAGUAUAUUCUUCACAGAAAGCAUUAA